AUGGCAGCCCUCUGGAACCUGCGAAUAGCCUUGCUCACGGGACUGGCUGUUACUCUCCUGGGCGCAUUCUACAUCUACCAAUCGCCGUCGCCCCUGGAUUUUACCGUACCGCAUCGCACAUCAGGCAACGGCCUACCUGGACUCGAAGUGUCGCUCAGCCCGAGAUCUCGAGACCCGCCUACUCUUCUCGUGACUGUGGAGAAUAAUCACUCGGAUACAACAUACACGGUACUCAAAUGGAACACGCCACUGGAUCCAUACGCACUCGACGCGGGCGUCUUCAGCAUCAUAGACGAAACUAGUCACCGCGAGAUAGAACAGGCUAUAAUACAUAUUACUCGCAAAAUGCCACCACCUCCGAACCAGUUAUUGACCUUGGCACCCGGUAUGCGAGAAGAGAUUGAGAUAUUGUUUAAUAGGCCGUGGAUGCCUGAGCGCAGGCCGGCAAAGUACAGGGUUGGUGCUGAAGGAGUGUUCAAAGGAGCGUGGGCAAAGCACCGAGAUGAACUGACGAAGGACGAGUUGUACGCUUUUGCGACGAGUCCGUUUAGUGGUCGGAGAUUCGUAACGAACGAAGUUAUCAUGGAAAUCUAA